ACGUGCUGUGUGUAAGUGCUGUCAGACCAGGAUGCUGCAGCUGCUGUUCCGAGAGAAGAGGCUCCCAACAAAUCCAAGGCCUUCAGCACAUGGAAGCAGUGACUACAGCAGAGCAGAGACAAGCCAUCCCGUUUGGAGCUGCCACAUCCUAUGUACACCUAGAGAAGCUGUGUGAAGGAUCCUGUGCAACUGUGUACAAGGGGAUCAGCAGGAUCAACAGCCAGUUGGUGGCACUGAAAGUGAUCAAGCUGGAGGCAGAGGAGGGAGUGCCCUUUACAGCCAUUCGGGAAGCUUCUCUUCUCAAGUGUUUGAAACAUGCCAACAUCGUACUGCUUCAUGACAUUAUCCAGACCAAGGAGACACUAACAUUUGUCUUUGAGUAUGUGCACACAGAUCUAGCACAGUACAUGGGCCAGCAUCCUGGAGGACUCCAUUAUUGCAAUGUUAUGCUCUUCAUGUUCCAGCUUUUGCGUGGCCUGGCUUACAUCCACCAACAACACAUUCUUCACCGUGAUCUGAAACCCCAGAACUUGCUCAUCAGUUGCCGUGGUGAGCUCAAAUUAGCUGACUUUGGCCUUGCUCGUGCCCAGUCCAUCCCCAGACAGACAUACUCCUCUGAAGUUGUGACACUCUGGUACCGUCCUCCUGAUGUGCUGCUUGGAGCUACAGCUUAUUCUUCUGAUAUAGAUAUCUGGAGUGCAGGCUGUAUAUUUGUGGAAAUGAUCCAGGGUCAGCCAAUAUUUGCAGCAACUUCUGGUACUCAUGAACAGCUGGAGAAGAUCUGGGCGGUGUUGGGGGUCCCAACUGAAGACACCUGGCCAGGACUUUCCAAGCUCCCCAACUAUAACCCAGAACUGGUUGCUUCCAGAAGACCUCAGAGACUCCAAGUUAUCUGUGACAGGAUGAGCAGGGUGCCAGCAGCAGAGAAUUUGGCCUCCAGGAUGCUCACAGCCUUCCCUCCAGGCCGAAUCUCUGCACAAGAUGCGCUUCUUCAUGGCUUCUUCAGCCCUCUGCCUCCUCAGCUCUAUCAGGUUCCUGCUGGACAAUCAGUGCUCACGGUUCCAGGAGUGAGACUGCAACCUGAAAUCUGUGACCUGUUUGCUUCUUACUGGAAAAGCCGUGUCUCAGGAGGUUCAAGCAAGUUUUGGUAGAAAUCAUGGAUGGUUGAAUAAUUCUUUGAAAGCAAUGUCAGAAGGAUUGAUUUGGCAACGAAGAUGUAACAGCACAGUCUGGACACUGGACUUGCAGAAUAUAUUCAGCCAUGUGUCACUUAAUAGAGAGCUCCCUGGACCAGAAGAUCGAUGUACAAACAGGACAGAUGGGGACUGACAAUUGAAAGAAUGUAGAGGCUUAUCCAAGGCUUACAGAGACCUGUCAUUCCUGGGGUAUGCCUACAAUCUCCUUCAACAAAAGAGCUCCUGAGGGAAGGAGGGGAUUAGUCAAAAGUUGAGUGAAGUCUCCAGGGAAGAUGGUUUCUUGGAUAGAGUUGUCAACAAAAGGAAUUGUUUAAGACUAUUUGUUAUAAUUUCCUAGAGGGAGCUUCUGCCAUUACUAACAGGAUUACCAGCAUACUGGUUCCACACCAGCAGAGCAUUAGACAUGUGCAUUGCAGACUGGUUGCUUAGAGCUGAAUUCAGGGGUCUUAUACAGCAUCCCAAAUGUGUGCAGGUGUUGAUGAGCAGAGGGGAGAUGGCAGAGAAUUAAGAUGCAGCCAAAUGCAGUCCAUUUUUGGUCCAGCUGUUGCAGAGAGUCCUGGCUCAUUAAUGAGUUUCCACAGUGUUUUAAUCUCCUUGAUCUCAAGGCUGCUGACAGACUAUGAGAAGACAAGCUAAUCUGAGGUGAGUGCUGAUGGGGAUACAUGGGGAAAUCAGAGACCUCUUUCCCAACUGCAGUUACUGUGAAAUUUCUCACAGAAUUCUUCCUGGAAGAAUUGGGAAAGCAAGUAAUUUACUAUGUUCAAGUACUAAUCUGCUUGGUUUCAGUUAUCUCAGAUACUUUUCUUAGCUCUGGGACAUAGAAACCAGUAGCCUUGGUGUAACCUCACAGCACAUCUGGGAAAAAAGGAAGACAAAGAGAAAUCAUUGAAGUGCAGACAUACAAACCUUCUUGAAUAUUUUUAUUCAUCUGAGUAGUGUCACUGGCAUGACUGGGAGAACUUCUCUGAGCAAGAAUUAUGCAGACCAUUGAGGCACUGGAACAAAACCAGUCAAGGAGCUAUGGGUGGCAGCCAUAGAAACAGCUGAAAGGUGGGCUUUUAGUGUAAGAGAGCUGCAUCUCCGGCCCCACUCCAGUCCAUCGUUUACCAAACACGUUCUGCUUCCUGCCCAGUGAGCAGAUCUGGGCAGGAAGCAGAACAACUGUUUAUGGUCCCCUUUGCCCUUGCUACAGACAUAAUUUCAGGAAUGUAUGGAUUAGCUGCAUUGAAGGGGACAUAGACUAUCUGCAGGCACUGCUCAGUUAAGAGGACAAGAUAAUCCUUAUGUUAUGUUCCUUAAAAUUCUCUGCCUUGAUGAAAAGACAAGCUAUGUCCCAAGUCUUUCUACCUCUGGAUUGCAUGGACCCAGAACUCCCAAACAUCAGCCACUCUCAGUGACCUGACCUCCCUUUGCAAUACUGAACAGAGCAGCUGUAAAUGAUGCCCAAGUUGGGAUAGGGGUGUUCUGCAUUCCUUUUGCAUUCUCGGAGAUGUCUGGACUAAGAGAAGUGAAGAAGCAGGAUCUCCCUUGCCUGCAGUGGGAUGGUUGUGGCUGAAUGUCUGCUCGUAAUUGAGAGCAACUAAAUGCUCAAGAUAUGUUAAAUGAAAGGAUUUGUUAUGCGUGGUCAGUGAGGGAUCAAAUGAUGAGAACUGAGUCACUUUUCCUCAUGGUCUAUCCAGAGCAUCAAUUGUAAAUUUCUUCUGCCCUGGAGCAGUGGGACAGAAUGGCUUUGCUGUUUUACAUAGUUGCUACCCCAUAAUGGCCAUGCCAUUGCUAAAUUUAGCCAUAUGCUAAAUUGCCAAAGAGUCAAAUGAUACCUUUUAAUUCUGUAUCUAGAGGGGCAGAAAGCCAGGAAGACCCUGGAUAUGCUGCAACCCAGCAGUCUUCUGUUCAUGAGCUCAACAUUGUAGGCCCAAUGCCUAAAACAUGCCAGAUCAGAGAGAAACAGAUUCCGAACCACUCCUCUCCUCAACUAAUGGGAACACUAUUUACAUCAGGAGUACUGAUCUCAGUAGAUUUUCCAUACCCUGGCCUGCACAAUCUCAGGGGCAACAGCUCUCAGGGAAAAUGGUUGUAGUGUUGUAAUGAGUCAGAAAGAAUAGGUAACAAGAAACACAUCUGAAUUCAUGUACCAAGUUAGUGCCACCCAAAAAGGCAGUUCUGCUUCCCCCAUUCCCCUCCCUGCUUCAAGCUUUACAGUCUUUCUCUUUUUCUCCUGGCACCUUUGUAAGCCCUUGAAGAACUGAUUUAGUUCACUAAACAGAUGGAAAACGAUGAACUCUUUUUGCUGAGUUAGUUUUUCUUUGUUUUGUGAGCUGAAUCAGAUUAUGCAAGGAGAAAAGUACCUGACUUCAUUCAUGGAUUAGUGUGGAGUAGGAAAGGAGGAGGUGGAAAAAUCCAUAAAGCUCAUAUUCUCUUAUCUCCAACCGGCUCACAUCUAGUUCCUGUGGGGUGAUCAUCCCCUGUCACAUUUGAAUGUCUAAUGUUUUGAGAUAAUAAUUGAAUGGGUUCUGGCAAGUAAGUGCUCAAUACUGCUGUCAUUUAUGUGGGCCCAUCUCAAAUCCAUGUGUUUGCUGUUGAACACCUCACAAAAAAUCCCAGACAUUGGCAGAGAGGUGUAGGACCGACCUUUCCUUUUUUUCCCCCAGAAAAUACUUUCUUUUGGCAGGAGUAGGAUGCUUUGGUAAAGCAAGUGAGAGUUUAUAAAGUGCAUGUAAAUAGAGAUCAUUGUGCUUAAGGGUCAUCAAACUGUUUCUUCUCACCACCUAGUAAAAAACCAAAACCAAAUCUGAGGUUUUUGAGAAAUCCUUUAACAUCCUCCUUUAUGUAAAGAGAAUUUAACAUCAGACUUAAAUAUUUGCUUUAAAAACAUCUUGAAGUAAAUGAAAUAACUUCUUUCCCAGGCCAGGAUUCUGUUUUGUUUCAGCCUGGAGCAAGUUUGUUGGCCGAAUUAUAUAUGCCCAAGGAAAGAUCCAAGGGCUUUAAAACUUGCAAACCCCUGUCUGUAAUGGUGCAAGUGGGCAAUGCUCUUUAAAGUGUGUGUGUGGGAGGAAAGUGCCAGGAAAAUCCCCCUCACAAGCCAGAACUGCAUUUGGGGAGCCCAGAUGAAAGCUCUGAUGCAGGUCAUGUGACAGGUGUCACUUCAGUAAUGAUAUUGGGGCAGAGAUAAAAGUCUUUGCCGGCUGGUCAUGUGACAUCGCUUCAUUACUGGCACAGCAGGUGGUCGGAGAGACUCAAUGCCUUUUUUUUAUUAUUUUUUAAUUUUUUUUAUUCUGUGAUAAUGAGAAAAUGUUUAAACUUCCAUCCCUGUGUUUAAACACUUCUUCAUGCUGACAGCAGCAGGAGAUCCCUUGAUCAGCUGUCAGAUGGGAAAGUGCAAUUUUUCUGGAAAGUAAACAGUGUGUUUGCCAGUUGGAAAUCAUUUUCUGUUUGUUGGGACUGCUAGUCGUGGUGUGAUGGAGCCAUGUCACAGCAUCUGACAACUCGGGAGUGGGGAAUAGAAAACAGGCUGAGAAAUGGGGGUUAGACUCUGCCUCGGAUAACAGGAGCUUGAGAUUUUUGACACUUCGUUGUUGUUAUUGUGUGGAAAAAACCCACAACUUACGGGUUGCCAUGAAACUUUUAAAGCAGCAGCUCAGUGUCAGCGUAGAUGUGUGGGAUCUCCUAAAAGAAGCUCCUGCAUUUUAAUAGAAACUUUCCUGGGAGAAAAGCAAAAAGGACACAAAGGAACUGAGUAGGUGUGGAGAUGCGUGGGGUUGAAGGUGGUCAGAUCUCAUUCCUGGCUUGCAAGAAGAAACAAAAAAAAGCCUUCUUGUUAGAAACUUUACAUGGUUCUGAUGUUACAUAGGCUUGGGUAACCCACUGGGAGUUUCAGGUAAGAAAAGGAAGGCAAAUGUGGUCACAGGGUCAUGCCAGAGAGCUCAACCCCACCCUGAGCCUAGCUGAAAUCAGAGGUGUUACAGUCUCCUUUGGAAGUACCCUGGAACCCAACGAAGUUAAGUUUAAAUGCUAACUACAUUUUAAAAAAAUUUUCCUGUUAGGCAUAUACCUUCUCAAAGUCAAUUCCUGUCGAGAAAAAGGAGAUACAGAUAUUAUACACAUAAUUCUAAUUAAAAUUAGGGUUUGAAUGUGCAUAUGCAGAGCCAUACACAACAUUUUUCCUAGGCAGACACAGACAACACCUUAUACGCAGAAUCAACAAAUCAACCUGGUUUCAACACUGGGAAAGUUAAUUACUCAGAGCACGGCUCGAAUCACAUCAAAAAUAUGCUCAGCAGUUAUGUUACAUGAAAUCCUUGGUAGCCUCCCAACAAAUGCUUUCCUCUGCUGGCUGCACUGCAGCAUUCUGCCUCUUCCUAAAGAUCCCCAAUAAAAGCUUCCUGCCUGUUACAUUUCAUGAAGUCCUGGCUCCUUAAAUGUGAAACUUCGAGGCCGGUAGCUCACCCGCACCCCAAAAGCCCUGGAGCCGGUGAGUUGGCUUCAGUGCCCGGCUGCAGCUCUGCUGAGGCCGGUGGGGCUGGGGGCGGCUGCCUGGCUGCAAUCAGGGGCUGGGCCCGACCAGCAGCAAAAACCAUCCCAAGCGAAAAGAUCAGAUCAGAAUCUGGCCCGUUGUUAGCAGUCAUUAAAAAACAUUGCACUUUUAAUAGGAGCUUAUUCAAUUAGCAGACUAACAGGCUCCAUCAGAUAAGCUGGGGAUUUCCCUGGGAAUCUGAGUCACAUACGCUGAAGCUGCUCUGUGCUGUAUGGUUAACCCUCUCCAUGCAGAAACAGCAUGAAGAGGCCAAAUCCCAGGAAUGGGCUUAUUUUUGGGUUUUUAAGGGAGAAGAAGAAGCCCUCCGCUGUGCCUUGAAGCCCCCGGAGGUGCCAGUGCCGAGUGAGUCACACAUGCUGGAAGGACCCAGGAGGAUCAUGGCACCGAACUCACUGCUGCAGACAGGAGACUCGCCUGAUCUCCGAUAAACACGCUGACAUUUGGCAGCCUGACAGCUUCACAGUCCCAAAAGAGGCUUCCUAAUUAGAGCCUGGGUGAGAAAUAAUCCACAACUUGAAGUUUGUCUCUAGCUUCCUUGCUGUACUUUUUUUCUCCUCCCUUUUUGUGCCUUUUUUCCCUUUUCAGUGUUUUCUCUCACACAUUCUCAAUACACCCCCUCCCCGCAGGCGGAAGCUGUUUGAAACACCAAGCAGGAUAAAGGGUCACUUUUGCCUGUCCUCUUAGCUCAGAACAGCUCCCAGCAAAAGCACCCCUCUUACAUUCCAGCGUUGCCCUUGAAGGAGAUGGGGAGAUAAGGCAGGGGAAAGGACAGUACAUGGUGAAGUUUAUAAUGAGGCAAAGUGAAACCGGUCUGGAAGAAAACCAAGCCAGUCACAUUCAUUCCUAGUCAAACAAGUAGGGCAAAACCAGUGCUCCUGGCAGCAGGAAAACAGGGACUCUGGGGCUUUGGGUCUGGAUCCAACCCUGAACUUUGCUUUCCUCUUCAGCCCCAAACAGCAAGUCACGGCAUCCUGAGCCUUUCAGCUGGAGCCAGGAUCUGAAUUUAGCAUUGCCUUCAAAAUGUACAGUACCACGAUGCUGCUGUAUCAUAGUAAGACAUUCAACCAGCUGGUCAUAUGAUGAAAUAAAUACUUUUAGAGAUACGUACUGCUGCACAGCCUGACCUUUUAAAGGUAAAUCAUAUGCUACUCAUUUACCCCAUCACAUGUAUGUUCUCUGAAUAGUUCCAGAACAGUUCUUCAAAUACAAUAACAUAUGAAAUUGAGAUUAUAUCAAUAUUGGCUAAGACAAGUAUGACUCUUUUACCAUAUUUAUCUCCUAGAGGAUUAUUUGCUGAUAGUGGGAUUGACGGUUCUCUUUUUAAUAUUCCAGUCUUUUCCAGGGUAGUGAGACAAGGUAGCAAGGCUCUUAAAAUACAAGUAAUUGUAUACACUGCAACAGCUUGGAUACAGAUACAAACAUCAGAAUUCACUUUUUAUAAGAGGGUUACUCUCCCACACUGUCCUACUCAGUGAAUACCAUUUUCCCUGGAUAGCCACCAGAAACAGGCAGAAACUUGGGAUUCUCCAUUCUUGGCCAUACAUUACAUCAGACAGCUCUGUAUGUUACCAGUCAGCAGGAUUCAAGAUGAUGACAUGGGAAAAAUACCUACAGAUAGUUGACCAUUAGCUCUCUCCAAAGCAAAGAGAUUUCAUUCAAAUAUGCAGUUGAAGCUGUUUCCAGGACAAACAUAUUCAAUGCUGAGAUACACUGCAAGAUCUCCAUCUAACAUCACUAGAGUUCAAAAUGAGUCCUACCCAGAGAACUGUGGGUCCUUGGGGAGUACCUUUCCUUGAAGUUUGACUUUGGGGGCUUGAUUAUGAUUGCUGAUGUCCAAGUGCUUCAUGUGUUGCAGAUGUCUAUGUAUGGUGCAGCUGUGAGAAAAGAACUGUGGUCCUACACCUCUGUACUAGGGAGAACCACCCUGCACUAGGACCAAAAAAGGACCAUAUCAUCAUCCUCACCUGUAACGUCUGUACUGCUGCAAUACUGAGGCUGAGAAAAUUGCUUAUCAAAAUGGUAUUUCCAAUAAACAGAUGUUUGUGAAGUAA